UGAAUAAAAACCACAAUGCAAGGAUUUCAAAGGAAUUUCGAUGAUCCACAACGGGAUCAGAGAGAAGAUGAGACUAUUGUGGUGGAUCUUGUGCCUCCACCAUAUCGAGUGAGCCCUCCGCGUAGCCCGUCGCCGAAUAUAUCAAAAACUUCUGAAAAAGAUACAGCAAUAUCUCAACAACAGCCGUUAUCGUCGAUGGACCCGAAUAUUAGGAGAUAUAGGACGGCGUUUACUCGAGAGCAACUAUCAAGACUAGAAAAAGAAUUUCACAGAGAGAAUUACGUUAGCAGACCUAGAAGAUGUGAAUUAGCAGCAGAAUUACAUUUACCAGAAUCGACAAUCAAGGUGUGGUUCCAAAACCGUCGUAUGAAGGACAAGCGUCAGAGGAUGGCCAUGGCGUGGCCGUACGCUAUGUACACUGAUCCAGCUUUGGCGGCAACCCUCUUGGCAGCAGCAACAGCAAGUCUGCCAUCUCCGUACCAUGCAUCUCCGGGUCUACCACCUACUCAUCUGGGCCACGGCUACCCAGCAGCGGCAGCUUAUUAUGCCACAAGAUAUACGCCGUACACUGCAGCACCUACGGGCGCAUCCUCGCUUCAUCGGCCUCAUCCUCGCAACGCGGCUGCGUAUCCACAUCUGCUACAGCCUCAUCACCCUUCUCUACAACCCCUACAUCUAUCGAACUUGGGCGUUUCUACAGUGGGAAAUACCGCCUUUCAGGUGAGCAGCCCACCCACUAGCACAUCGACCGCUUACAGACCGACAAUGUUACCAGAGUCCUUAAGUCCAGUUCACUCGGACGCUUCCAGUGACUGCGACUGCGUCGGGGCAAAACAACAACAUCUUCAUCACAAUAAUAACCAACAACAAAUACACGAGAAAAGCUCACCACCUAAUAGCGAUCAUUCCACGCAACAGCAGAUCAGACUACCUACAGCCAUCAGUUUAUCUACCAGUAUUCAACUACCUCCCAAGCCAUCAUUAUUUCAACCAUAUACAAUGUGAGUUAAAAACAUUACAAAGAGUGAAAUAAAGUAGAUUCCAUUUAGGGUAUUAAUUCACUAAC